AAUUGGUCUGGGAGUCUUAUCGUAGCCUCUUUAAUUGGUGCUUUUGGGUCGUCUUUUCUUUAUGGUUACAAUCUCUCAGUGGUGAACGCUCCUGCAGUGUAUAUCAAGAAGUUUUACAAUGAAACUUGGGAAAGAAGAUAUGGCUUCUCAGUGGAUGAAGGCACACUGACUCUCCUCUGGUCUAUAACUGUUUCUAUUUUUGCCAUUGGUGGCCUUGUGGGUGCCAUUAUUGUUACCCCAAUUGUGAAGUUCUUCGGCCGGAAAUGUACAUUGCUGCUCAAUAAUGUGUUUGCAGUGGCAGCUGCGUUGUUGAUGUCCCUCUCCUUGUUGGCGGGGUCAUUUGAAAUGCUCAUACUGGGCCGCAUUAUAAUGGGUGUUGAUGCAGGCAUUUCUCUAAGUGCCCUUCCCAUGUAUUUGAGUGAAAUAUCUCCUAAGGAAAUCCGUGGUUCAUUGGGUCAGGUGACAGCGAUUUUCAUCUGUAUUGGUGUUUUCACUGGUCAAGUUUUGGGACUGCCAGAAAUAUUUGGGCAAGAAUCACGGUGGCCUUACUUAUUUGGAGCGAUCAUUGUUCCUUCAUUGAUACAAGUCGUGAUUCUGCCCUUUCUUCCUGAAAGUCCUCGUUACCUCCUACUUGAAAAACAUAACACAAGCAAGGCAGAAAAAG